UCUUAUACUCCGGCCGUGUGGGCUGCACAACAUGCGAGAGGAAGUGUUUCUGUGGUCAGCUUCUGUGCUUCACUGCUGAAAGUAAGUUUAGAGAUGUGACAAAAGGCAAAAAGCCUAGAAGACAGAGAGCUGUACAAAGUUGAGAACAUUCAGCUUCAUGAUGAAACCUCAACUGCUCUUCACACUGAUGUAUUUCUUUCUGGUGUUGGAAGCAAACGAUCUUUCUCCGGCCAAACUGACGGUGGAUGUAGCCGUGAUCACAGAAACCGAUUCGGUGACAUUAAAGUGUCAGAUUCCAUCUUCAGCUUCUGGAUGCACUUUCUUCACUCCAAGUGAAACGUUCUUUGUGGGCAGCUGUCUGCUGAGGCUGACAGGAGCUGAACUUCUGAAUCUGACUAAAAGAAGAUCUCCUGCUACCAUUGAAGUUAGAUGUUUUUACACAGAGAAGAGAGGAGCUUUCAAUUUGACAUCUGUGGACAGUGAUCCAUCCAUCAUCGAGAUAAACAACCUUCUUCCUCCCGAUCUGAGUGUGAAUUCACAGGCGAUCACAGAAACAGAUUCAGUCACAUUAAACUGUCAGCCUCCGGUGUCUGUGACAAAAUGUAAUUGGCACUUUAAGGGAAAAAAGCGUGCCGAACAAUUCUCCUGUUCUAAGACACUGACUGGAGCUGAGCUGUUAAGAAUGGCGAGUCAAAGUGUUCCUGCUAAAGUUCAAGUUUGGUGUACUUACCUUAAUGGUCAUCAAUCUCCAAAAAGUCAGCGGAUGACCAUCACUGUCCAGUUUCCUCCUCCUGAACUAAGAGUGAAUCCGGCUGUGAUCACAGAGAGAGACUCGGCCACGUUGGCCUGUGUGACUCCAUCAUCUCUUUCUGUCACUGAAUGUCAUUUCUACUAUGUGAGAUCAAAAACUACCAGAAGCAGCUCCUGCAUGCAGACGCUGACAGCAGCUGAACUUCUGUUCCUGUCAGGACAAAGUUCACCUGCUGAGGUUCAGCUGAUGUGUUUUUACCCUGUGGAAAGAGACACAAACUCUCUGUCUCCACACAGCAAUGUCAGCUCCAUCCACAUAAGUCCUUUAGAAAAGACCUUGACAACAACACAGAGGACGUCAACUCACAGAACAAGCUCGGUUAUCUCAACAACAAUCAAGGAAAUCAUUUUAACAUCAGCACCUGUCAGCUCAGCAAGACCCACAGGUAGAUCAAUUCUUACUUCUCUGACAUCUGUGAAUCAUCAACCAGCUGUCACUGAAGAGACUCAUGCCACAACGACCUUACUUUGGACGUCUAAUGUGAUUUCUGCGACUCAAAUCAAAAAAACACAACAGGAAUCUGAAUCAAACUGGAAACGCAUGUUGUACACGUUUGUGAUCGGACCGGGUUUUGGAGUUACAGUGGGAGUCGUCUUACUGGGAGUGACACUUCUCUGUUCCAAAAGAAGAAGAAAAAAAUAUGCCACAAAGAGAUCUAAAGUUUACUCUACUGCUGACAUCAUGGACACGAGGAAUAGUCACAGCGAAGACCAGGAAACGGCUAAAUUCACUGCAGGUCCUUAUCAUGAAAUCACAACCUUAGGUAUGAACAACAUUUUUCCUGCAGUCAACUGUCCAGCUGAGUUUGAGUGGAAAACGGACCAGCAGUCCCAAAAUGAAAGUUCAGACGUCUACCACGUUUAUGCCAGCAUCGCUGAAGAGGAUUCUGCACCGGCACUCAGAGAUGUUAUGUACCACAAGCUGCAGUCCCACUGACAAACUUCUACUCUACGUCUACCGUCCAAACAGCAGAGGAGUGUGUGUUAAUGUAAAAAAAGAAUCCACAGUUUGGAAGAGUAAAGGAAGAGUUUGCAAUGCUUGAAUCUCACGAUUGACAGCAAUGUUUAUCCUUGUUUCCCCAUUUACAUCUUCAUUUUCUUUGCCUGGGCUGAAAUCCAGCUCAAAACCGUUCCAACAUUGCUCACCACUUUUGUUGCACCGGUAAUGUCAGGUUGGGGGUGUGAGGGGGCUGAAAGCUAGCUGGAGAGUUACAGCAGAGUUAGCCUAUGGAUGACAGGAAGUUGAGCAGGCUUACUCUGGCUUACUCUGGUUUACUCUGCUCUAACGGUCCCACCCACAGCUCAGAGAUGAAUUUCUGAUGAAAUACUGCAGCUCUGUAGAAACUAUUUUCUGGAAAACAAACACAGGUUUUUUUGGAUUUUGGCAAAAAAACAAAAUAAUGAUAAAAAGGCCCCUGGGAACACUUUUACAAUAAUAGAUCAAAAGACGAACUGUGAUUAUCAUGACAUGUGACUUUUCUCUCCUUAAAGCAUUUUGUUUACUCACCUUUGUGUUAAUUUGUCUUUUCUGCCUGUUAAACCUUCGCUGCAGUUUGUUGAGGGAAAUACUGGUUUAGGCGUAAAUAAUAGUAAAUCUUUGUGCCUUUUCACGAUGCUGAAUUUAUUUACAAAUCUGUCUGAACAUCUUGACUAAAAAGCCACAUGUAGAUUUUAUCACCCAAAUGACUGUCAUUGUUUUGUGUACUGUAAAGGUGGAAUUGUGCAUCCAGGUAUUUGGUGAUGAUUAAAACAAAAAGGUAAAAACCACACUUCAAAAAUAAAUAACCUUAAAUACUGAA